CUUGAGCGGCCCCACAACCAGGCAUUGUGUGUGUGUGUGUGUGUCACGAGUCUACUCAGCCUACACUCCUACUAGCCAGCAACCCUCCAGUUAGUCAUGUCUAUUAUAUGUUGCUCAAUCUAUGUUAAUACAAUAUAAACCUCUUAGUGCAUUACAGUCCGUUCAUACUUAGGCCUACAUCUACUGUAAAUGGUAAUGCAUCAUAUCUAAUAAGUGAAAUAAAACCCAACAGUGUGUUGUGCGUCACAUGCAAUGCUUCAACAGAUUGAAAAUAUGAGCGACAGAGGCUAGCACCGCCGCAAAAAGCCUGGUAAACAACACUUUCCUGCGGAUACCCUAUAUCCACCAAAAGGACCAGUAGCAUGUACAAUAGUGAUCGGUCAUUCGCAACAAACAUCUUUUUGAACGGAUUUGUUUAGUGAAGGUUGUUAAUAAUAGGGGUGAAACGGUUACCGGUUUCACGGUUUUAGUAUUACCGUAGUAGUAUUACCGUUUUAAUUAAACCGUGUUUGAUUACCGUGGUUUGAAAAACUCAACCGAAGUAGGUAAAAACAUUGCGGAAGGCAGUGACAGUGUUCGAGAUUUUUCAGCCUUCUAAGAGGACCAAAUCUGAAGUGUGGUCGUACUUUGGGUUUUACAAGAGUGCUGAGGGAAACUCAAUCGAAGUUGGUCACCCUUUCUGCAGAACCUACAACGACAACAAAAAAUCGCUGCGAAAGGGGGCAACACUUCAAAUCUCUUGAGUCAUCUUCGUGACCACCACCCGCUAAAGUGAAUGCAAGGAGUGGAUUUCAAAAUGAGAACAUUACAAGUAGAUGGCAUUAAAGUACGACUACAGAUAUGGGAUACUGCUGGCCAGGAACGAUACCAGACCAUCACCAAACAGUACUACAGACGGUCACAGGGAAUUAUCCUGGUGUAUGACAUCACAAGUUCCAGCUCCUUUCAGCACAUUUUGAAGUGGGCUAGUGAUGUGGAUGAGUUCGCCCCUGACAAGGUGCAGAGGAUCCUGGUGGGGAACAAGGCUGAUGAGGAGCAGAUGAGGAAAGUUCCUAAAGAACAAGGAAGCAAGCUAGCAAAAACCUAUGGAAUGGAAUUCUUUGAGACAAGUGCCUGCACCAACUGCAACAUAAAUGAGUCAUUCAUCCAGUUGACACAGCAGGUUCUGCAGGCUCACAAGAAAGAGAUGGAUGCGUGCCUGGGUUCCACUAAUUUAUACCUAGAUAUGACUUCUCUGGGGGGAGAGCAGGACAAACAGGACAGUGAUGCAAACUCCCUGAAGCCCUGUACAUGUUAGCAUAAGGGCCAAGCUCUCAACCUGGGGGUGUUUGUUUAGAAGAAUGCCCCUGGCCCUGUGACGUAAUGGACAUUGGAAUGAGUAACUUAUGAAAUGUAAGAGUAUGUUCUGUGCUUACUGAAUAUUGCCUUUGCUUAUGCUCAUAUGAAUGCAUUAUCACUUUUUGGCCUACUCACUGUUUUCAUCUUCAUUCAUAAUUUCAUAGUUACUUGGCUUUUUCAUGUUUAUUACCCUAUUCUGCAACACCUAAACUGAUGGCACGCUGAGUUAAGUAGUCCACAUGUAAUAAGAACAUUUGCCAGCGGAGGGGCUGUUGUCUGCAAUACUCUGAAACCUGCAACUCAGUUACUGGGUAUACUUAAGCCUUCUCCUGUAUAAUUUGUGUUGCGAAAAUCUUACGCUUCAUAUCACGAACAACUUUGCUGUCUACUUGAAAUAACAAGUAUACUUAAAGUAAUUUGCUAAAAAUAUGUAUUGUUGGACUACAGUGAAAGACAAACUGAGGCUCUUGAGUGGUAUGAGGAUAGAGGAGACAGGGUGGGCAGAGUGCAAGGCUAAAUUAUUAAUACACAGAAAUAGAAUCCAAGCUAGCUGGAAGGGAUAAUUUGCCUAUGGAAGACCAACCCAUACUCAGACAAGCAUUAAUGCAAAAACUUCAGUUUUAGAUUAUGUUCAACUCAAUCUUUGAGUAUGUUUUGUGAAUUUCACUGCUAAUUCUAGUGUUUUUCCAGGUUGAAAAUCUGUAGCAAAUGGUACACUGGUGCAUAUACACAUACUAUUAUAAAGGGCAUUUAGUGUGUCACUGAUUGCUGACUGUUUUGGUGAAGUUUUUUUAAUAGCUGUGCUAGCUAUAAGAAUUUGUGUGAAAAAUAACAAAUACUAAUUAAAAGUCCAGGUUAAUUUA